AUGGCUCAAGAGUUUGUGAACAGCAAAAUCCAUCCAGGGAAGGUAGUUGUGUUCAUCAAGCCCACCUGCCCCUACUGCAAGAAGACUCAAAACAUCCUCAACCAUUUGCCUUUCAAACCAGGGCUCCUGGAAUUUGUGGAUAUCACAGCCACCCCAGACACCAGUGCCAUUCAAGAUUAUCUGCAGCAGCUUACAGGCGCACGAACGGUGCCUCGUGUUUUCUUAGGUAAUGAUUGCAUAGGAGGAUGCUCUGAUCUAGAAAGUCUGCAGCAGAAUGGUGAGCUGCAGAAACGUCUAGCUGAUUUGGGAGUACUACAGUAA